GUGGAUCAAAUGGAUGUUGAUGCAAAUUCAAAAAAAUUCAUUGAGCGUCUGCGUGAAGCCAUUUCAAUUCCAAGUGUAUCAGCUGAGCCACAAAAUCGAAAAAAUGUUGUAAAAAUGAUUGAAUGGACAAAAAAUCAUUUGGAACGAUUGGGUGUUAAAGUCGAACUGUUCAAUAUUGGUAAGCAGCAAUUGCCUAACGGUACAGAAAUCGAUCUUCCUCCAAUAUUGUUUGGUGUUCUUGGAGCUGAUAAAUCAAAAAAAACUGUACUCAUAUAUGGUCAUUUAGAUGUACAGCCGGCUAGUAAAGGAGAUGGUUGGCAAACCGAACCAUUUACGUUAGUUGAAAAAGAUGGGAAAUUAUUUGGCCGUGGUUCAAGCGAUGAUAAAGGACCUGUUGUUGGUUGGAUUAAUGCUAUUGAAACACUCCAGAAUAAUAAAAUAGAUAUUCCAGUAAAUAUCAAGUUUUGUUUCGAAGCAAUGGAGGAAAGUGGUUCUGAAGGGCUCGAAGAAGCAUUAAAAGCUAAAAAAGAUACAUUUUUGGCUGACGUUGACUUUACUUGUAUAUCGGAUAGUGAAUGGCUUGGUAAAAAGAAGCCUUGUUUAACUUAUGGCCUGAGAGGAGUUUGCUAUUUUUUCAUCGAAAUCUGUGGUGCUAAACAAGAUUUGCAUUCUGGCGUCUAUGGCGGAUCUGUUUAUGAAUCAAUGGCCGAUCUUAUAUGGGUUUUGAGUCAACUCACAGACCUCCAUGGAAAUAUUAAAAUCGAUGGAUUAAAUGAACUGGUAGCCCCCAUUACAGAUGAAGAAAUUGAACUUUAUCAUAAAAUAGAUUUUGAUGUGGAACAGUAUCGAAAUGAGAUUGGUGCGUCAAAAUUAAUAAAGAAUGACAAAGAGGGUAUUCUAAUGAAUAGAUGGCGAUUUCCAUCACUUUCAAUUCACGGUAUCGAAGGGGCAUUUAGUGGGUUUGGCGCAAAAACAGUGAUUCCUGCAAAAGUAAUAGGAAAGUUUAGUAUACGUAUUGUGCCUAAUAUGCCUCCGGAACAAGUUAACAAGAUUGUUAUUAACCACUUGAACAAACUUUGGCAUCAGCGAGGAUCCCCAAACUACUUCAAAGCCUCUUCUUGUCAUUCAGGUAAUUAUUGGCUAUCGGAUUUUCGGGAUCCUCAUUAUCAAUGUGGUGCGCGUGCUCUUUUCAAGGUUUAUGGUACUGAGCCGGAUUUCACUCGUGAAGGUGGAAGUAUACCAAUCACUUUAACAUUCCAAGAAUUGACAGGUCGUAAUGUUAUGUUACUUCCGAUGGGUGCAUGUGAUGAUAUGGCACAUUCACAAAACGAAAAGCUUGAUGUUUCGAAUUAUAUUGAAGGAAUCAAAGUUUUUGGCGCAUAUCUCCUUGAACUUUCUACUAUGUAA